CGCGCACGUGUGGCGCACGGACUCCCCCCUCCCCCGUCUUGGGUUUCUUUAUAAAGGCCUCCCCGGCGAGCUCGUGUAGCCCUCCGCCUCUCCCUCCGCAGUGACGAUGGCAGCUGUCGCUGACGACGCUACCAUGGACGCCGUCCAGCGGCGCCUCAUGUUCGAGGACGAAUGUAUCUUGGUGGAUGAGAAUGACAAUGUCAUCGGACAUGAAUCCAAAUACAACUGCCAUCUGAUGGAAAAAAUUGAAUCACUGAACCUGCUUCAUAGAGCUUUUAGUGUUUUCCUAUUCAACUCGAAAUAUGAGUUGCUACUUCAGCAAAGAUCUGAAACAAAAGUAACAUUUCCUCUGGUUUGGACAAAUACCUGCUGCAGUCAUCCGCUCUACCGAGAAUCUGAACUUAUUCAGGAGAACUACUUAGGGGUUCGAAAUGCUGCACAAAGAAAGUUGCUGGAUGAGCUAGGCAUUCCUGCUGAAGAUAUACCUGUUGACGAAUUCAUUCCUCUCGGCCGCAUGCUCUAUAAAGCUCCAUCCGAUGGAAAAUGGGGGGAGCACGAGGUUGACUACUUGCUUUUCAUCGUCCGUGAUGUGAAACUGCUGCCAAAUCCUGAUGAAGUUGCUGGUGUGAAGUACGUGAACCGAGACCAGCUGAAGGAGCUGCUGGGGAAGGCAGAUGCCGGCGAGGAGGGUGUCAAGCUUUCUCCAUGGUUCAGGCUGGUGGUUGAUAACUUCCUAAUGAAGUGGUGGGAUCAUGUGGAGAAUGGCACUCUUCUGGAGGCAACUGAUAUGAAAACGAUUCAUAAACUGGUUUAGGAGUUUGUCUUUCGUAGGUGCUUUACAGUACCUGCCUAAUUGUGUCAAGAAAGUUCCUGCAUUCUCUUUGGCAUGUCGUCCAUCCCUCGGACUGAGUUGUAAUAAGGUUUUUAAAACCAUGUCAAAGUGUCCCUGAAUCAUUUGCCAUUCUUGUUCGCAGGGUAAAUGAUCCUGCUACUUAACAAUGUUUCUAUUCCUUAUCGAAACAAGUUGUGUUCAUCUCCAA